ACUCAUCGUGUAAUUGUGCAUUCUCACUUUGGUGUUAAAAGUACUGAAUAUUUGUUAUUGUAAAAAGUGUUCGUAUUAUAUACAAAAUGGCAGAAGUGGCAGACCCCGUUCGAGAAAAAUGUUUAAUAGAUUAUCGGAAGAAAUUGUUAGAACACAAAGAAGUCGAGUCUCGGUUGAAAGAAAUGAGAGAUGAGUUGAAAGAAUUGACUAAACAAUAUGACAAAUCAGAAAACGAUCUUAAAGCUUUACAAAGUGUCGGACAAAUAGUUGGCGAAGUCCUAAAGCAACUUACAGAAGAAAAGUUUAUUGUUAAAGCCACCAAUGGACCAAGGUACGUAGUCGGCUGUAGAAGGCAGUUGGAUAAAGCUAAGUUAAAAUCUGGGACAAGAGUAGCUUUAGACAUGACAACCUUAACUAUUAUGCGAUAUCUGCCUAGGGAAGUAGAUCCUUUAGUUUAUAAUAUGUCCCAUGAAGAUCCGGGGGAUGUUACAUAUUCCGCUAUUGGAGGCUUAGCUGAACAGAUUCGUGAACUCCGUGAAGUCAUUGAACUUCCUUUAAUGAACCCGGAAUUAUUCUUACGUGUGGGUAUUACUCCUCCUAAAGGUUGCUUACUAUAUGGCCCGCCAGGAACUGGUAAAACAUUACUGGCUCGAGCCGUUGCUUCUCAACUUGAUGCAAAUUUCCUUAAAGUUGUAUCGAGUGCUAUUGUCGAUAAAUAUAUAGGAGAAUCUGCCAGACUAAUAAGAGAAAUGUUCAACUAUGCUAAAGAUCACCAACCUUGUAUAAUUUUUAUGGAUGAAAUUGAUGCUAUUGGUGGUAGGAGAUUUUCUGAAGGCACAUCAGCUGAUCGUGAAAUUCAGAGAACCUUAAUGGAACUUCUAAACCAAAUGGACGGUUUUGACUCGUUGGGUCAGGUUAAAAUGAUUAUGGCAACUAAUAGGCCGGAUACAUUAGAUCCCGCUUUAUUGAGACCCGGAAGACUUGAUAGAAAAAUUGAAAUACCACUGCCAAAUGAACAAGCACGCUUAGAAAUUCUUAAAAUUCAUGCUGCACCUAUAGCGAAACAUGGUGAAAUUGAUUAUGAAGCAGUAGUGAAAUUAUCAGACACUUUCAAUGGGGCUGAUUUAAGAAAUGUAUGCACAGAAGCUGGACUGUUUGCUAUCAGAGCUGAAAGAGAGUAUGUUGUACAAGAAGAUUUGAUGAAAGCUGUUCGUAAGGUUGCAGAUAAUAAAAAACUUGAAAGCAAAUUAGAUUAUAAACCAGUUUAGAUAGGAAAAAUAUAAUAUAAAGAAAUUAGGUUUUCUGAAACAAGUUUGUUUUGAAAAAA